AUGGCUCUGCCCUCGUCGCCACCACCACUACCUGAUCUCAACGACGAGCUCCCCUCCUCCCCGCCUCUCCCUACCUCCUCCGCCCUCCCCGCCCUGCCAAACCGCAAGCGCCCACUCGAUUACGACAACAACAACCUCUCCAGCGAUCCGCUCUUCUCUGAGGAUCCCUCCGAAGCCGAGGACCAGACCGAGUAUGAACAACCGAAGCGCAAACGCAUGGUCAAGGGCCCGUGGUGGACGUUGGGUCGAAGAAGCUCGCAGCAGUCUAUCCCACACACCAAAGACAACUUUAGGAACGCGGACAGUGGUGUGUUCCUCGGGAGCGAUGAAAGCAUUGAUAGCUUGCUCAACAACGCCCGUGAUUUAAAUGUGGCCGAUCGCAUUCCUACCUCGAGCAGCGCCGUCCCGCACCCAUCUCUUCCACAGGGCGAGCGCAUCGCCCAGCAGACCAUUGGUGACUGCGUCGAAUCUGGACACGAUGCGGUGGAUCUUUCCGCUCUCGGCUUGGAGCACAUGUCCUCUGAGACGCUCAAACCGUUGCAUCAGCUCAUCCGCCAGUCACACGGCACCCUCACCGAACCUCCAUCAGAAGACGAAUUCGUCGCCUUGACGCCCUCGAUCAAGCUGUUCCUGGCUCGCAACCAACUGCGUUCCCUGCCCGCUGAACUCUUUCGGCUGGAGAACGUGACAGUGCUCAGUCUCAGGAGCAACGACCUCACAGAGCUGCCGUAUGCCAUUGCGAGAUUGCGCAAUCUGAAGGAGCUGAACAUCGCUGGAAACAACAUCCGAUUGCUUCCCUGGGAGCUGAUGCGCUUUCUGGACGGUGGAGGUGAAAGCCGGCGAAUCAUUGUCCGGCCGAAUCCUUUACUCGAACCUACCACGAUUGAAGGACCUUCGCCUCUGUCUGGCCUGACUGUGCAAACCAACAACGAGGAUUUGAGCCGUUGGGGAGACACAAGAGAGUACUACGAAGGCUUGAGAAGGUCGUAUCAGGAACACGGCCCAUUGAGUAUUCGAGCAGAAUUGGAACUACGCCUGAAGCUUGGGCGUCUGCUGCGCAUACAAUAUCUGCAGGAGGCAUCGAGAGCUGGCAGAGAGGUCGAGCUUGGCGCGGAAGAGCUCAUUUUUCUCGCAUCAUCCGCGAUUCGCUGGAACAGUGUCGACGGGACGCCACUUCACAGGGCGAGACCCGACCGAGACCCCUUUCAAGCGACCCUCGAUCCUCUCAGCGACGCACCAGAGCCUGCAACUUGUUCUUUCGCUCCAUCAUUGUUCGAGCUUGCUUCGAGAUCGGCGCAGAAAGAAUUCAACUUGCAGGAGCUUCCAUCCGACAUUCCUGCUGUUGUCAGAGUGGCUCUUGACGCCGCAGCGCGUGGGGUGGAAAUGGGUAAUCAGACGUGUUCGACUUGUGGGCGAGCCUACAUCAAAGCGAGAGCGGAGUGGGUGGAGUAUUGGCACAACGGGUCACCUUCACAGACGGAGCUGAAGCAAGAGAACAUCUUGCCGUUCUUGAGGAGGGUGUGCAGUUGGCGGUGUGCUACACCAACACCGAUUGGGGAGUUCAGAUGUUAA